CAGCACGUGAUCAAAACUAGUGUAGAUCUCUGCAUACAACAGCCCUUUGAGUCGUGCCUGCCUGCAAGUCUUUAUUAUUAGUCUUCAAUGAAUUUACUCUCUCAAGAUAUACACUGCAUGCAAUACCUCCUUCAACUUUCACAUCACUCAGCAUUCAUACCCAUCUAAGAAACACCAGCAAGAACAUAUUUUAAUCCAUUAUUAUUUUGUAUUUGGCAAAUAUUUUUGUAUUUGUUUACUCUCCAUCUUGUUCUCAAAAUCUGCAGGAAUGAGCUUGAAUUUUGGACUGACGAACAUUAAACCUGUGGCACCAAAAUUUAAAUCCGAAAAAGUUCCAAAACAGAGGCCGACUUUAUCUAGUAGGACAUCCAGUAAUGGCCUUCGAAUUGGUACACCUGUAUCAAAAGUCACUGAUGCUCGUGGCAGACUAGCCGUCCCAAGCCCUCCCCCCGAGGCAGGAAAGAAAAGGAAAGAAAGAGAAAUCAGCGGAAGCCGUAACACUAAGAAAAGCACAACUUCAACUCUUCGAAAAAGUCCCAGUCAACAGCCGUUGACGAGUGAUAGCGAGGAAGAUGAAGAGGUGGCCGUGUCUUCCAAACGGGCCAAGCCAGAAAAUAUCGAGCCUGAUUUGAAGAGGAAUCUAAAGGACAAAAAAGCCUUUUCGACCGAAACCGAUAAUACGCAAGGCUCUACAUGCAGAAUGAUCCACGCGGCCGAUGUUAUGAUGACGAAACGCACGGCUAAGAGCGGCGAGAAAGUUUGCGAUAGAAAGAAGGAAGAGGGCGAUGCGGUCCUUCUAAGAUAUCCUAGUGUCAGUCGAAGAGAAAGAUACCAACUCAUCUCCGAAGGAGAGGUUAUCGAUCCCGCAGGAGAAGAUUUGAUCAACCCUUACGACGAAAUACCGAAGAUUGUGGAAAUUGUCAAGGAUGAAUAUUUGACCGAGGAGCAAGCAGCGGAGUUCGCCCAUCCAGAAACGGGCAUAAUUCGCAAAAUCAACAAAGCGACGAACAAUAUUACUUGGACUUUGUCCACCGCAAAAAAGCCCCACGACAAAGAGAAAAUGAAGGGGCUGCUGCUUGAGUUCAGGAAUGCUGUGGGGGCUUACAAUGACGCGCUCAGCACUCUCACCAAAAAUGGAUCGCUGGCGAAAAACUUGGAAAAUAAGCAUUCGCUAUCGUCUAAGCUUCUCAAGAUGGUUCUCCAGCAAGUUUACGACCGAGCAGUGUCUCCUCAAGUUGACUUGACUAAUAAAUACCAAAAUGGCACGGAUUACGUUUACGGCGAGCUCACAUUCCCGUUCAUAUCCCGAAUUCUCAGGGAAGACACUCGGAUGAAAUCAGAUCAAGUUUUCAUAGAUCUCGGUUCGGGAGUAGGAAAUGUCGUCGUGCAUGCUGCGCUACAAGUUGGUUGCGAAAGUUGGGGCUGUGAAAUAAUGCCUAACUGCUGUAAGCUGGCUUCCUUACAACAGACAGAAUUUUCUGCACGUUGCAGGGCCUGGGGCCUCAGCGCCGGGUCAGUCAACCUCGAGGAAGGUAAUUUCUUGAAUAACGAAAACAUCCUCAAGGUGAUGAAGAGAGCUGAUGUUAUCUUGGUUAACAAUCAAGUCUUCGCACCUGCUUUGAACCAAAGUCUUGUGAACUUAUUUUUGGAUUUAAAAGAGGGUUGCAAGAUUGUGAGUUUAAAAACUUUCGUGCCGGACGGUCAUGUCAUAAAUUCUUACAACGAACACAAUCCCAUCAAUUUAUUGCGAGUCGAAAAGAAGACCUACGCGGAAGGUGAUGUUAGUUGGCAUUCCAAUGGAGGAGAUUACUAUGUUGCUACGAAGGACAGCACUAUCGUGGCUAACUAUCACAAGACCCCAAAGGAUAGAAAGACACGGGGGAGUCGGGUUAGAUGAUUUGUGAAUUUGAAUAUAGGGUUUCCUUACAUAGUUGAUACCAUUGGGCAGGUUAUUAUUGGGUACUUAAGUACAAAGCGAUAUCACAGCGAGUCGGCAUAGAGUAGAUGUAUGGAUAAAUCAAUGUAUUUGUAACAGCAA